AUGGCCGAAGCACAGAGUGCUAUCGAGACCAUGGCUGGAGACGACGAGGCAAAAGCUUUUGUAUACGGACUGGUGGCCGUGACCCUAAAUUUGACUCAUUCGCUCAGAAGCCAUACGACUCCACAGAGGUCAGAUAUCGAGACUUGGUUGUCGAGAUCGCUGAACACUCUCCGGCCUGUCCUACGCCAGGAAGAAAUAUCGGUGCGCAGAGUGGCAACGCUGCAGUUCAUCCACGUAUGUCUGAUGGGCUUGGGCCGGCAUGAUCUUGCCUUCUACUACCUGCGUCAAUCGACGACGAUGGUGGACAUACUCCGCAUCCAUGACACGGAGAGCAUGGCAAAGCUUCCGCUGACGGAGCGAGCUCGCCGCCAGCGACUAUACUGGACCGUUUUCGUGAGUUCAUCCCAUGCUUGCUUGCUCGUCUGUGCAGUGAGAAGUCCGCUGACCAAUCGCAGGUCCACGAGCGCUUCUAUGCUAUAACUUGCCAGCGCCCAACUGUACUGCCUCCUCUUACGGUAAUGCCAGAACCGGACGCGACUGUGCCAAAUGCUAUCGCCACUGGGUUCGUUCAGAUUGUACGUCUGUUCAUGCACAUCGACCAGGAGAUGCUAUCUAGAUGGUUCGCGACAUUCGAUGACGACCAGAUCAUCGAGCCUGCCUGGAUAAUCGAAAAGCACCAAAAGCUCGAUGACGAAGCCGCAGGGAGCGACACCGAGAUCGUCGGCCUUUCAAGCAUGCAACAGGCCGACCUCGUGAUUACCAAACACUGGCUAAGAAUGCUGGUAUGGCAGAUGGCCAUGUCAAAGUGUUUGCUCUCCUCUGGGCAUCCCGAGCAGUCCAUGUCGCUCCUCUUUCCCGUCGGCUUGUCCGCACAGCUCAGAGCCCUGAUCGCCAACAUGACAAAAGACUCAAUCGAGGUGCACGGCUCUGGAAUCCAACAGAAACUCUUCGAGCUCACCGAUACGAUCGCGAGUGUGGUACUGACUGUGCCUGCUACGUCGUCCGAAGAGAAGUGUCAGAGGGUCGACGACUUCAAGUUUCUGUUUGAGUUCUGGAAAUCUCUACAGCGAUCGAAUCCCAUCCAAGGAGAGCUGCUCGAGAGCAAGUAUCGCAGGCUUAUUGAAAUCGGAUUGUAA